AUUGUUGUAGAGAUAAGCUGCCGUUAGAUAAUAAUGUUACAUCAAAUAAUAAAAAUAUCAAACCUGUCAACAAGCCGGUUUGGCUUGCAAAAUCAAAAAAAAAUUAUAAAAAAAAAAAAAAAGACAAAAGAAAACCCAAUAUCUUACCGCACUUCUUAGCCAUUCGAAAAAGGGAAUUAGCAUCAGAUAGAAAUUGAGCUUAGUGAUGUGUGGUGGAAGGCAGGUGGCACCAAGCCAACAAAAACCACAGUCUUUAAACUGAUGAUGGUAUAUUUUUGUUUGUGCAAUUAUGGUAAUGUCAUUGUUUGAAAGAAAGACUUGCACUUUUAUCAGAGAAGAUGCCUCGAGGGGAAAUCUUAAAGAGACACUUUUGUUUUUUCGUAAAUGAUUUAUCAUGUUGCCUGGAGUGUGUAGAGUAUAAAACUGGGAUUUGAAGUAAUGCUUUGCAGCAUUAAAUCAAAUGACUCAAAGGUAUCAGCAGUCUUUACAAGAUCCCCAUAUGGUAUCUACUUCAAUCAUGAAGAUUUUCAUGGUGUUUUUUACAGUUGUGUCCGUCGUGAACUCAGGAUUUGUACCACCGAUUCAGGAGCGUGGUUUCAUGCCUAUUAACCACCGAUGGCAAACUUCUUUAGAAGACAGCGGCUUAAGUGAUCUUAAUCAUUUCGAGCCCGAAACUCAAGAACACGAGUUUGGAGAUGGUUUAUCCGAUCUUCAUCUACAUGAGGAUCAUGGUCAUCAACAUUAUGAACAUUUUGAAGAUUCUGCAGAGGAACAUCAUCCAGUUUUCGAACCACAUAGUUUCCCAGAAGAAUAUGAACCUAAAAAGGAAAAAACUAUUCAUGUACAUGAGCAUCAUCAUCACUAUCAUCGCCACUACAAGACCCUUCCAGUGACGAUUAUUAAGAAAACCGUGACUUAUAAACAUGGAUAAUACCCAAGGACUUUG